AAACAGAUCCAAACUCAGAGUCCAACUUGCAUGCUCCAAUGAUCCCUUACAGCUAGAAUUCAUCCUCACAUGUGUAUACAAGAACAGUAUGCGUUUGUGCAUCCUCUGUCAUACGUUCCCUUGUUUUUCCUAUCAUUUUUCCCGGAAGCAAAUAAGGUCACGUGAGUGGCGAACAGCUUGCAACGUCUACUAGACGACUAUAAAGACAUGGAGCCAUUGCCGAUCCUUUGAAGCAGCUCGAAGCGACUACCGUGAGGAGAGGAAGAUCGAGCAGGAGAGAGGUAGGCAGAUGAUGUCGAGGGAACGCAAGAAAGCAGGUGGUCUACAUGAGAAGCUGCAGAUCCUUCGCUCCAUCACUCAGUCUCACGCGCUGAGCGACACUUCCAUAAUCAUGGACGCCUCAGAGUACAUCAAAGAGCUGACGCAGAAGAUCGUCAGGCUCAAUCAAGAGAUGGCAUGCGAGCAACAAGACGCACCCAAGCAGCAGAACUCCUUCCCGACGGACGUCACUGUGGAAACCCUAGGGCACGGCGGGUUCCUCGUCAACGUGUUCUCCGACAAGAGCUGCCCCGGGCUGCUCGUUUCUGUCCUCGAAGCGUUUGAUGAGCUGGGCCUCAAUGUACUCGAAGCCACGGCGUCUUGCGCCGAUACCUUCCGUCUUGAGGCAGCCGGAGGAGAGAACCAGGCAGGGAAUGUGGAUGAACAUGUCGUGAAACAAGCGGUUUUGCAGGCCGUCAGGAACAGCUCCGAAGGCGGUAGCGAACGAGAGGAGUAGCAAAAGAGGCCACUUCAUCAACGAGCAUGACAGAAUGAUCGCAAUGCGCCCUGGCAUUUCCUUCUUGUCGAUCCCGGUGAUUUUGCCGAGAUUUACUCUUGAAGAUCUAUUCUAUCCGAGAUGAUCUGAAGGGGAAAAAAACUUCAGAGAAUCUGUAGCGGCAUCCCGUGUACUAUUAGUUGGCGUUAUGUGUAUGUAGCUCGUCAUCUUAUUGCAAGGUGUAAGUGUGUAACAUAUGCUGUUCCUUUUACUGAUCAUGACUAAAUGUGAUCACAUAUUUCCCCUCUCCGGCUAACUGCGGGGUUAAAGAAUUACUACUCAACUUACUGCACUUCAUGUACAUCAAAAUCUUAUACGAAGGCC